AACUUUUACCCGCAACUUGGGUUACUUUCAACGAGCGUGCAUGCAGCUUCAAAGUUUGAACCAACUGUCAAAACAAAAACAUUUUGUUUUGAUUGAUUUCGUCUCGCGCGGAAGGGCUGCAAUCACGACUGUCUUGAAUUUUAGCAAAUAAGCAAAGUUCAGAACUUCCGCCAUGGCUCAAUCCGGAACUAGCAACGCACCAAGAGAGACUUAUGUCACUUCCGUACACUCAACUGAGUACUCGUACACAUGGAUCAUAAGGAAUUUCGAAGCCUGGCAUAAAAAGCAGGGAGGGCCACAGGAUUCUCCUCAGUUUCCUUCCGGCCUACAAGAGGAAGUCAAAUGGAUUUUGACCGUUCGUCCACUUGCGACGGAGGAUGAAUUGUUUUUGUCGUUGCACCUUGAGUUGGUAUCGUCCGAUUUAGCGCAAGGAAAUCUCGAAGCCACGUGUGAAAUAACAGUUACGACCACGAAUGGUUUCAAUUCUGUAAUGGGUCCGUACAAAUAUAAUUUUCCUCUGAAUGAAAAUUGGGGCUGGGACAGAUUGUUGAAAAAGGAUAACUUGCUCAAGAAUGCAAAACCAACUGACGAACUGAUCAUAAAAUGCAAAAUAACCGCAAACGGAAGACUUGUCAACGAGACGCUGAACAAUCAAUUCGAACCUCUGCCGAGCAGCUUGAGUAAGGAUUUAAAGACCCUCGUCGGUUUCGACAGCAAGUUUGGCGACGUCACCAUACUGGUCGCUGGCCAGCGAUUCCCGGCGCACAAGUGCAUCCUGUCGGCCAGGAGCUCCGUCUUCAGCGCCAUGUUCGAGCACCAGAUGCAGGAAACAAUCGAGAAUUGCGUUUCCAUCGACGACAUCGAACCGCCAGUUUUCGAAGCGCUGCUCCGGUUCAUCUACACGGACGAGCUGGACAGUCUAGAGACGAUGGCCCACGCGCUGUACAAAGCGGCUGAUAGGUACGACAUUCCGACGCUGAAAAGCCACUGCCGUUGCCACAUCCUGGAGAAGCUCAGCUCGGAAACGGCAGCCCAAACGUUGAUGCUAGCGGACCUGUACAGCGACCUCGAGAUGAAGAAGCACGUGCUGCAGUUUCUCAGCGGCAGCGUGGCGGCCAAGGUGACGGAGACGGACGGCUGGAAGGAAAUGGUGCGGGCUUGUCCGCACCUCGUGGACGAAACGAUCCGAGCGAUGGCCUCCCAAUUGAUGAGUCGUAGGGAACGUAAGGCUUUUCGCAUUUGAAGCUGGCUCCGAACUGAGUCCUAAAGGACAACAAAGGUGAUUUCUUUCUCUUCCAAACCGAAAUAAAAACUGAGCUUUUCGUAAGAUUUAAUCGCUUUGAUUUUUUAUUCAAUAUUUAUCGGAAAUUCCAUUACAGGUAGAUCAUGAAUUAUCAGCAAUUUUCUUUCUCUUUUUUUUUGUUUGCCUAAUGCCAUCUGCCUUUGCUGCACUUUUGUUUUUUUAGUAAGGUAUUUUAUUCCAUAUUGCUUCGCUGGUGUUCUCCCUUUUACGCAGGAGACAGAGAAGCCAAGCGCGCGCAGCGCUCUCGCAACAUGUCGGCGCUCAUAUCAAAUGACUGUUGGUUUGUGUUUGUGUGUGUAUGUUUGCUGUUUCUAUCGAAAAAUUUAUAGAAACAUUUCCUUUUAGCCUUAAACAAUAUUGAUUUUGGAAUAACUUCUAGCUUGCGACUUUUUUUUUAAAUUUAUUUUUAAGUUUUUUCUUGUUUCAAUUAUAUUUUCAGCUUAGUUUCUUUUUGCUGUUGCAAGUUUGUCCUCUUCCAGAUUUUUUUUUAUCUUUCCUAGCGCACUGCGUUUAAUCGUUACAUGGUUGUGUCUAAUCAUAUCGCUAAAUUGUUUUUUUUGUUGUUUAAUAUUUUAUUAAAUACAGAUUGUGAACAACGUGUGUGGACGUGGGAGUUUUUGCCUUAGUUUUGUUUAACCAUUUUUGUUCUUUUGCUCCACUCGACUUACGAAGCCACGUUUUAAAUCGUUUUUUUCUAAAUAAGUAGAUUCGUCCCGUUUGUUUUCUUUUUUGCUUGUGUGUUAAGUUUGAAAUCGAAUAAUGAAAUGAUUUGCGUGUGUGUGAUUUUUAAGAGCACCCAGAGUGAAAAGUUUAAGGAAUCUGCUAAAAGUGGUGAGCGGGGAAAUGGGGAAAGAGGAAAAAAUGCCAAUGCCACGUAAACGUAAUGAUAUUCACUAAUUAUACACGUUGGUGAGAACACGGUUUUCAAAAUACAAUUGUACACGUAAAAAUGCUUAACCUUACUCUUCUCUACACACACGGAAAACAGAAAAAAUGUACACGGAAAAAAUAAAUAACAAUGAAAAAAUCUCAUAGAAUUUUUCUCUUGCUCGCGCACCCGCACACACUCUCGCACUCAAUCUAAGCCAAGUCGGGGAAGAACCAAACAAUUUCUGUAU